AUGGAUGCCAUGGACCAAGCAGCUGACCGUUCGCACACGCCCCUGCAUUAUUGGCUCGUUCCUGACCAUCAGUCUUGUCAAGCGACCCCGAGUGCCACGACACCCUGGGCACGGCAGUAUUGGCUCGUUGUCUUGAUGUACAUUCAUGGGUGA